AUGGUUCAGCCGCCGAAACGUCGCGCAGCUUCGGCCAAGGUCAUCGUGAAACGUCCUUCGAAGCUUGCGAAGGAGAACGGGCUGACUGCCGACCAAGAGGCUGAGAUUCGGGAAGCAUUUGGCCUCUUCGCGGUACAUCAUCCAGACUACGAGGGCUCGAAAGAGGGUGUUUUGCGCAAGGACGAUGUGCGCCGUUGCUUGAUCUCUUUGAACCUCGCGCCCGACAAGUCAGAAAUCCCCUCUAUUCUCUCGACAAUCGAUCCGCUCGACACCGGCUUCGUGGAAUUUGCGCCGUUCUUCUCAUACGCUGCGAUCGCAAUCCAUACAAAAGAAGACGGGUCUGACGAGGAUGAUGAUGGCGAAGAGUACCAGAGGGAGGAUAAUGCUGAAGAGGUCGGCGCGGCGUAUCAGCUCUUCACACAUGGGAGUGCUGGACCCAUUACUCUGGCGCAUUUGAGACGGAUCGCGAAAGAGCUGAGGGAGGAUGUGCCCGACGAUGUCCUGAAGGAUAUGAUCCUCGAGGCAAAUGGCGGAGUCAGAAAUCAAGGAAGAGAUGCUGGUGGCGUGGGUCUUGAGGACUUUGAGAGCGUCAUGAAGAGGGCCGGCCUGUCUUUUGGAUGA